GGUCUCUUUGGUAUGCUUGGAGUGUUAAACACUUACUGAAAAAUGGAUGUUUCUGGGAAUGCAAGCCUUCCGCCAACCAAUCCUGGAACUUCAACAAACUCAUCCACUUGCAGGUGUUAGCAAGAGGAUUCCAUCGGAAGCAGGUGGGCAAUGGAAGCGACACAUGGUUCUGGUAUGAUCAUUGGUUGUCCCUCGGGCCAUUGAUAGCGGUAUCUGGAGGAAGUGGACCGAGUCUUGCUCAUAUUCCUAAAUCGGCCAAGGUCAUUGAUGCGACAUCUGGAAACCAUUGGAACCUCUCGCCAGCUCGUGGAGCAGGCCUGGAAACUAUACAAGCGACACUCAUCACCACCGACCCUCCUCACCCGGAGAAAGGUGAGGACUUGAAUCUGUGGAGAGACCAUAGAGGGCAGUUCAAAGCUUCCUUCUCCUCCUCAACCACAUGGAAGCAGCUGAGAACUCCGAAGCAGAAGGUUCUAUGGUAUGAUCUUAUUUGGUUUAAGCUGGCUAUACCUAGAUACUCUAUUGUACAAUGGCAGGCUAUUACACACCGACUUCCAACUAAAGACCGCUUGCGGGGAUGGGGAUUGCAAGUGGACAGCGCAUGUGUUCUUUGUAAUGCCGACCAGGAGAGUCAUCCCCAUCUCUUCUUUGCUUGCCCAUUCUCCUCGGCACUCUGGAAGCACUACGCGGCAAGAUGUUGGCCCCUUCCUCUGGAGGACCUGCUUGUUUGCUCGCCGUGGAUGAUCAGCCAAAGUGAUAUGUCCCACAACCGCUACCAAAUUGCUCGCCUAAUAGCCCAGGUGAUAGUCUAUGAGGUUUGGCGUGAACGAAAUCUUAGAAUCUUUGAAGGCAGGAGAAGGACGCUGCAUGAGUUGCGGAUCCACAUCGAGCACCUGAUUCGCGACAACAUUCUCUCCACUCAAAAGGGGUGA